AAAUUCGCAAAUCGCCGAUGAUCUGUUUUUCGUAGAUAGCAAUUAGUUUAAUAAGUCCCACUGUCAAGGAUUGCUGCAGUAGCUUCUUAAUCGUGAAACUCUAAGAAUGAAGCUAUUUUUGGUACUUAUAUUGUGUGCGUUGGCGGCGGCCGCGCCCCGCUCUCAGAAGCAAGAUGUGCUGCAGUUCGAUAUGUCAGCCGCGGAUAUCAACAACAACCCCGAGCAGCGCAACAUCCUGUUGAACGCGCUGAUCCGCCAGCUGAUCGCGUACGUGCGCCGCGUCAUCAACAACGGCUCCGUCAUCUUCGGCUUCCCGCCCCUUGACCCACUCGUCGUCGAGGAGUACCACCUCUACAUCCCAGCUGGACUCAUCAACUUGGACAUGAAACUAAGAGAUAUCUUGAUAACUGGUUUUGGUGGCUUCGAGGUGCCAAAGAGCGAGCUUGACCUGAGGAGUAUGACGUUUGACUUGGACAUCGUAUUCCCACACUUAGACAUUGUUGCAGGUGAAUACGACUUAGUCGGUGACCUCUACAACGCUAUUCCUCUAUACGGAAAGGGCCCUGCCAGGUUUGUUAUCGAAAACUUCAGAGUAAGCGCCAUACUUCACCUGAAGCAGUCUGAGGAUGGAGCCUCUGUGCUGCUGGACAGGAUCUCAGGCGCUUCCUUUGCUAUCCCUAGUUUUAAGUGUGAUAUCAAUGGUGUUAUCGGCGGCGGAGACAUCGACGCUAUAGUAAACGCCAUUACUGAGGAAGUUCUGAUUGGCUACGUAAACCGUUUCCAAGGAGCCAUCUCCUUCAUCGUAUCCACCUUAGGCGUGGAUAUCGCGAACCCAUUCUUGGACCAACUGAACACCUGGAGAUACAUCGCACCUUUCAUUCCUCGUAAUUCGGACUAAAACUACUUCAUUACUAAGAAUACUGUGUAUGAAGAAAUCAAUAAAAUUAAAUCCCACAGCGAUAUUGAUAGGAUCUGUAUGUACAUUAAACGAUUAAAUUGAUAAAACCUC